GCCUCGGGUGCCCGCAACCAGUACGCUGACUACAUCGAGGAGGCUGAGGGUCUGGACAAGAUCGAGCAGCUGCAGGUUCACCAGAACAUCGACAUUUACGAGAAGGCCGUCAAGAUCCUCGAGAACUACUUCGCCGCCGAGGAGGAUGACCAGAACCUCGCGCCCAACGUCGACCCCAACCAGACUGCCUUCACCUUCGGCGCGCCCAGCGGUCUCCCCAAGGAGGGCUUCAACUUCUAA